AUGAACAGGUCGAAUAAUCUAGCCUCUAGUUUUGAAGAUUUCUAUCAGCCUCUUCAGGAAGAUGAAUUCGAACAGAGCGCUGUUGUGCAAAUCAUAUUUCCAGCAGAACCAAAACUAGUUUUCUGUGAGUUUGAUUGGGAGCUUGAUGAUGAUCUUGAGGAGUUCAUGACUAAACUCAUUGAGGAGGAGGAAUUGUCUGAAGAACAGAGGGAUGCCUUCAAGGAUUUUGUGAAGGAGAAGGUCCGAGAAGCAAAAAAAGCUAAUCGUGAGGCAAGGGAGGUUCGGAGAAAAGCUUUAGAAGAAAUGAGUGAAGUGAUAAAGGCUGCGUUUCAGAAUAUGAGGUUUUUCAAAUUCUAUCCUGUGUCAACAUCUGAUACUCCUGAUGUCUCCAGCGUCAAGGUAUUAUGGGAGGGCUCACAAAGUUCUGUGACUGGAUUGCCGAGGACAAUGUUGCCUGGAGAUGGCAUCCAUGCUUUAGGAGAUGCUCCGUGAGUGCAAUCAUUUGCAAGAGUGCUGGAGCGCACUGAUUCUGAAAGCUAGAACAUAGAGUAUUUGGAGAUCUGCCAUAUCAAUGUAAGAGGAGCAUUUUUUUUUUUGGGUCUUGGCUCUUCUCCAAUUUUAGAACAGUUGGAGGUUUCUUCGAUUCCUUUGAAAUGGUGAAGAUUUAUGUUAUUUAGAAGUUAAAUGAG